GUUAAAACAAAGGGGUGAAUUCCUGUUAUAUACUGCCUCCUCGCCCCUAAAGUGAUCGAAGUGACCCCUCUAGUAUUUAAAAUUAUCUAAUGCUCAAUACCCGACGGCCCGUUCAAACAUGUACUUAACCUUUGACUGGACAUUGGAGCCCAAGAGCACAUCAGCCUUUACAGGUCAUGAUAGUGGUCAGGGUUCUAUCCGUUCUCGAGAAAUAGCAACCUUUACAGGGCCGACACCGGACUCCACGCCAGCACGGCCACUCAUACAAGACUACAACAGAAUCCGAUUUGGCAUCUAUGGCGGGGCAAACACAGUUGAGGGAAGAAUCGACGGCUUUCGUCAGCAACUAGAUGCCAUACUAGGAAUAGUUGACGAAGUUCUCGGCUGUCAGAGAAGCCUCCAAGGAGAGAUAAGUCCAGCUACAAAGGAAGCCUACAAAGAACAGGGUAAACAGCGGAACCCCUUAGACAAGCACUGCGACCAAAAUGUGGCCCGUGCAAUUGAAUAUCGAAAGGACCCAGAAACGAAUGUCUCGGGACAUUGUAGCAAGCUAGAAGGAACAAGAGGAGAGGACAGGGGUUCUCUUCAGCGAGUGCGUGACGCCGAAAAUGAAGCUGGCAAUUCCCAGCUUGGAACGGACGAGAGAGAGUACAGCAUUAAAGGGAAGUCAAAAAACUCGGAUCUCCAUGACGAAUUAGACCCGGCAAGCACCGAGGGUCGUAUUCUCAACAAACAGCUUCAAUGUGACAAUGUAGCUAAGCGCAGAUAUCCCACAGAAUGUGGACCGACAGACGCGAAGGUUUCCGACAGGGUAGAAUGCGUAAAACGAGAGAUCGUGGACUCGUUUCACAGGGAACUCGAAGAAAGAGAAGCUUGGGAAAAGGACCAUAGAAUGAAAAUUUGCGAGAUCUCAAGACUACAUACUCUUCUUGACAAGACCCAAACAGCAGCCCAGGAGAUAUCAGAAAGCCAACCGGGAACCACGAGGGAAAUACCGGAUCUCAUGACUGGGCUAUACGAAUUCAAAAGGAAACUUUUCAAGGCUCUAAGUGCACAUCUGGAGCAGCUGAUUAUCUGCUCCGAGAAACACCAGGGCGAUUUUGAAUACAUGGUGAAGAAGCACCAGCAAGAGCUAGACCAGGCGAGCAGAAAUGCUCAGGCUCUGUUCGAUACCCACAUCAAGCAAUGUGAGAAGGGGUUCGAGGAACGUCGAGGAAAAUGGGAGGCGAACGUAAGGAUGCUCUACAUACAACUACAGGAGACAAAGAAGAUGCACCACGAUGUUUCGGAUGAACUGAGCUCCGAGAAGAAGCUACACGAAGAAGAGCUCCAGACUGGAACAAGCAGCAAAGAUGCCAAAAUUCAAGAACUCAGCCUACAGAACCAAGAUGAUAACCCCAAUCUCAACAUCAAUCCCGAAGAAUUGAUCCGGUUAUUCAAAAAGGAGGUCGAAAACAUAAGAACCGUGAAGGAAAAGUCGAGCCAGUUGCGAAGAGUCCAAGACGGCCACGAGAAAAGAUUCGCAGACAUGCGCACGAGGCUCGAGGCCGAAAUUGCGAGGCUACAGUGGAAACAUGAAGAGGAUCUAAUAACCUACCUACGAGAGAUAGAAACACUCGAGGUAGAAAAUGCGAGACUGGCGGAAGACUUCGACGCGGAUAAACGAGGUAUACAAGGCCAAAUGCGAGAUAUGCAGGUGGACUUCGAAGCGAAGCUUCAGGAGAAGCAGGCAGCAAUCCAGACUCUCGAGGCGGAGGUCAGACAUACGCAGGCAGCAUUAGCUGCUGAAAAGUCCCUCUUUGAAACGAAACAGCAAGAGCUGGAGCGAGAGAAACACUCCUCGAAUACAGCUCUAAGUAAAGCCUGGGAUGCUAAGAUAAAUAUGCUGUCGGACAGGCUUCUCGCAGAGGAGUCUAGACGACACCGACUCUUCGAAGAAUUCCAAAAGUUGAGAGGCGCGAUCCGAGUCGUAUGCCGAAUUCGGCCGGUCGAUGAGGGCGAGUUACUCAACUACAAGGAAGAGCGGUCAGACUUCCAUGAUCUCCCGGCAAAACUCAAGUUCAAGGAAUACGGAACGGAGAUCCACGGCGGUCCGAAAGCCAGGUGGACGCCGACGCACGAGUUCGAGCGGGUCUUCCUGCCGUCGAAUACGAACGCCGACGUGUUCGACGAGGUCGACCACUUCGUACAGGCUUUCCUCGACGGCAAGCGGGCCUGCGUCGUCUGCUACGGGCAGUCGGGGACAGGCAAGACGUACACGAUGAGCCACCACGAAGAGCCCCCCCCGGGCCAAGGGGGCGGCGUAGCCGAGCACGCGACGGGCGACGGAAUCAUCCCCCGCGUGCGGACGCGGCUCUUUGCCGAGCUAGCACGGCUCGCGGCCCUCGGCCUCGACGCCGACGCCGCCGGGGCCUGCUACGAGAUCUAUAACGGCGAGCUGUGCCAGCUGAAGCCGGACGGCAGCAGCGAAAAGAAGCUCGUCUCAAAAACGGACCACACCCUCGUGAACCCGGACCCAACGCCACUACGAAACCCCGCCGACUUCGACGCGCUCGUCACGGCGGGGGCGGGCGCGCGCCAUGUUGCUUACACCCCACUCAACGCCUCUUCAUCACGAUCGCACCUCAUAAUACGCCUUGAGAUACGCGUCCGCGAUGGCGGCGGCAAGCUGCGCGAGGGACUUCUCGACCUCGUCGACCUUGGGGGCGCGGAGCGCGCAGCGCAGGCGGGCACGAUAUCGAGAGGGAGCGCCGCGGCAGCGCGGCUCCACGAGGGCAAGCAAAUCAACAUGUCGCUGACGGAGCUUGAGCGCAUCUUUGUCGCAAUGGCAGCGGGCGAUCGGGUCCCGGUGAGCGGCAACACGCUGGCGCAGCUCUUGGCGCGGUCGCUCUGUAGCCGUGAGUGCGCGACGCUCAUGCUCGUCACGAUCAGCCUCUUACGCAAGGACUGGCCGGCGACGAAGCAUACACUAAGUUUCGCGGCAAAGGCUCGGGCGGCGAAGCGGAGGUGGAUGAAGGGGAGCGGGAACGCUAAGCCGGCAGUGGCAGAGGGACGGGGAAAGGGGUAGAGGGAGAGCGGUUGCGGCGCGGGGGUUGAGCCGGCGUUGCUUUCCUGCUAGGAAGCUGGAAGACAGAUAGGCGCUUCGCUGUUCCGACUCUAUGGUCUGUUCUAAGGGGUUAUCUACCCAGGGCUAACUUACGGACGCGAGCCACCUGCUUACCGCUACAGCUAUGCUUCUAGGCUACUUCACUCGCC